UUAAUAACCAUGUCGGCGGCGUUCUCAUUGAAACGUCAGAGCUGACUUGGUUUCUUCAUCGGACUCUAUUCUGCUUGUUAUUCCGUUCACUGUCAAACACACAGCAACUGGCGCAGGAGCGGGAGUCGACUGUUUUACCUUCAAACUUAGGGAAGGUAUAACGGUUGCACCAAAUGUAGCUGGUUCAAGACAUUCUGAGAAAAAAUGCUAAACUGACUGUUGAUAAGCUUUUUGGGAGUAUUGACGGUAGAAACCGGGUGCAGUUGAAAAACCGUUGCCACUCCCGUUGCUUCAGUCAUCGCAACAGUCAACCAUCAUUAACUGUGUAUUAACUGGGAAAACUCCUUCAAGGAUUGCUCCGAUUCGACGAGCAAAAUAGAGAUUCUCCCAUAACUCAGGAUAUAGACCCACGCCUCGACUGGGGUUGAUUUAUCUGUGGAAGACCUGCUGCAAAUGGCUGCCCUGCCUGCGUCGCCAGGAUGGAAAACAGGACUGUCAAUAGGAUGCGGCCUGACGAAUAGCAGCAAGUGAAGAUGUUGCCUCCGCCAGUGUGAAAUCAGUGGGGAGUACUUGCCAUGCAAAGAGCCUUUGAAAGUUUUGACAGCCGCACGUUUGGGAGGCCUCAUACUUUUCCUUUGAUUGUAACCCUUUCUGUGGGCAGAUCUAAAGUGGAUUUUUGCUGCUAGCGCUGCGGUGUGGUGAGCCCUAGUUGGUGUGUGUGUGUAUCUACUGGUGUGGCAGAGGGAACAUGCCCCUGCAGAGGCAUGGCCGUCUGAGGCUGCACCCUGCCUGGAGGGUCAUGCAGCCCCGGCUGGGCGUAGGCCUGGGUCUUGGCCUGGACCUCACCUUCCUGCUAUGGAUACUGAGCCUAGCACAGCAGGCCCUGGUCACGGCCUCUCAGAAACUGGACGAGACGGACCCCGUGGUCACCACCGUCUACGGCAAACUGAGGGGCGUCAAGAAGGAGCUCAACAACGAGAUCCUGGGACCCGUCAUUCAGUUCCAGGGGGUACCUUAUGCCGCACCCCCCACGGGCGAGAGGCGCUUUCAGCCCCCGGAGCCGCCCAUCUCGUGGCCAGAGGUCCGUAACGCCACGCAGUUUGGCCCGGUCUGCCCUCAGACCAUCGUGGAGGGGCGUCUGCCAGACGUCAUGCUGCCUGUGUGGUUCACUAACAACCUGGAGAUAGUGUCUUCUUAUGUACAGGACCAGAGCGAGGACUGCCUUUUCUUAAACAUAUAUGUUCCCACUGAGGAUGGUCCCCUUACAAAGAAACACAAUGAUGAUUUAGGUGAUAAUGACGGGGCGGAGGAUGAAGACAUCCGUGAAAGCGGUAGCCCCAAGCCAGUGAUGGUAUUUAUCCAUGGGGGAUCCUACAUGGAGGGCACUGGGAAUAUGUUUGACGGCAGCAUCUUGGCAAGUUACGGCAAUGUUAUCGUCAUCACAGUGAACUACCGGCUUGGAGUAUUAGGUUUCUUAAGCACUGGGGACCAAGCUUCCAAGGGAAACUACGGACUCCUUGAUCUGAUCCAAGCUCUGCGCUGGACUAGCGAGAAUAUUGCUUUCUUUGGUGGUGACCCUUUACGAAUAACUGUUUUUGGAUCAGGGGCUGGCGCCUCCUGUGUUAACCUCCUGACCCUGUCCCAUUAUUCUGAAGGUAACCGUUGGAGCAAUUCAACCAAAGGACUUUUCCAGAGAGCUAUAGCACAGAGUGGAACUGCGUUGUCCAGCUGGGCCGUCAGCUUCCAGCCUGCUAAGUACGCUCGCAUGUUGGCCAAGAAAGUGGGCUGCAACCUGAAAGACACGGUGGACCUGGUGGAGUGUCUACAAAAGAAGCACUACAAGGAGCUGGUGGAUCAGGACAUCCAGCCUGCACGGUACCACAUCGCCUUCGGGCCUGUUAUUGACGGUGACGUCAUCCCAGACGACCCUCAGAUCCUCAUGGAGCAGGGCGAGUUCCUCAACUAUGACAUCAUGCUGGGGGUCAACCAGGGCGAGGGCCUGAAGUUUGUGGAGCUUAUCGUAGACAACGAGAAUGGCGUCCAGGCCAAUGAUUUUGACUACGCCGUGUCCAGCUUCGUGGAUGACCUGUACGGUUACCCGGAGGGAAAGGACAUUCUGCGGGAGACCAUAAAAUUCAUGUACACGGACUGGGCUGAUAGACAUAACCCAGAGACCAGAAGGAAGACCCUACUAGCCCUGUUCACUGAUCACCAAUGGGUGGCUCCGGCUGUGGCCACAGCAGACCUCCACUCCAGCUUUGGGUCGCCAACGUACUUCUAUGCCUUCUACCACCACUGCCAAACAGACCAGGUGCCCCCCUGGGCAGACGCUUCCCACGGCGACGAGAUCCCCUAUGUGUUUGGCCUGCCCAUGAUUGGCCCCACAGAGCUGUUCCCCUGUAACUUCUCCAAGAACGACAUCAUGCUCAGUGCUGUGGUGAUGACCUACUGGACUAAUUUUGCCAAAACUGGUGACCCAAACCAGCCAGUCCCCCAGGAUACCAAGUUCAUCCACACCAAGCCUAACCGCUUCGAGGAGGUGGCAUGGACGCGCUACAACCAGAAGGACCAGCUGUACCUCCACAUCGGCCUGAAGCCCCGAGUCAAGGAGCACUACCGAGCCAACAAGGUUAACCUGUGGCUGGAGCUGGUGCCCCACCUCCACAGCCUGAACGAGGUCACCCAGAUCAUCUCCACCACCACCAAGGUCCCCCCACCAGAGGUCACCCCGAGGACACCAAAGAAGAUCCCUGUCAACACCAAGAGGCCUAACCCCACUCCCUUCCCCACCGAGACCCAGGACAGUCAGAACCAGCCCUUUCUGGUGGACCAGAGGGACUACUCCACAGAGCUGAGCGUCACCAUUGCCGUGGGCGCCUCGCUGCUCUUCCUCAACAUCCUGGCCUUUGCGGCGCUCUACUACAAGAAGGACAAGCGGCGGCACGACGUUCACCGGCGCUGCAGCCCCCAGCGCAACACGACCAACGACCUGGCGCACACGCAGGAGGAGGAGAUCAUGUCCCUGCAGAUGAAGCACACGGAUCUGGACCACGAGUGUGACGCCAUGCACCCACACAAGGUGGUUCUGAGAACUGCCUGCCCGCCAGACUACACGCUAGCCAUGCGACGCUCUCCUGACGACAUCCCCCUCAUGACCCCAAACACGAUCACCAUGAUCCCCAACACCAUGCAGGGCCGCCAGUCCUUGCACAACUUCAACACCUUCCCCAGUAGUGGACAGAACAACACCCUGCCUCACCCACACUCACACUCCACCACCAGGGUAUAGCCGGACGGACGGACGCUGACACACACAGCACACGCCAGAGCUCACACCCAGCCUGAAUCAAACGGAUGUGGAAUAACUUCUACUCCUGUGAAUAUAUGAAAGGAAUAUAGGAAUGUUGCUGGGACUGGAGAAAAAUGUCAUUUUAUAUAAAAGAAGAUAUGAUUAAAGUACAAAAAUAUUUCAAAUGAAAAAAUGAAUAACGAGAAGGAUAAUUUUUAUUUCUGGUAUUGCAACAAAACAAGGUCAACUUUUCCAGCUAUAGAUAUCGCCUUCGGAAUUUUAUAUACGAUUGCUUGAUCCUGUUAUCAUGGAAAAGAGAGAAACCUCAGUGGAGCCUCAGAGGAGUAGCAGGGCCGCUUUGUAAAUGAAAGAAAACAUAUUGUUUUCCUGAGGCAUCAAACUGUAGAUUACUCUUUCUGGAGCCAAGAUGAGAUGCCGCUUAACCAAUUUAGGCAUGUGUUACUCUACAAGUAGAGGCAGUGUAAGAUAUGACAAAAACUAUCUAGAGAGAGGGGGAAAACUCUUAAAGAAUAUGCACAAUGUAGACAUUUUUUAAAUGUCUUGGAUUCUUUUCAUCAAUUUAUUUUUGGGGAACAGUUUUAUUGUAUAGAACCUAUUUACAUAUCUAGAUAUGUACACAAAGCACCAAUGCUGUUUAAGUCCUUCUUGGGCGUCAAUACCGCAAAUCUGCCAGCAGAACAAAAAAAGGGGGAUCCACUGGCUUUCUGGCAGAUACAGCUUCAUCACACAAGUGCUGUCUAUACCGAGAGCUGGAGGACAAAGGAUACUGGAUAUUUUUAGCACGACGCGCAUGACAAUUUAUCUGCUUGAUGGCUGUUCUGCUGAUUAAGUCAUAAUUAAGAAUACUUUUCAUCCCCAUUGGAUUGGUUUGAAGGAACACUACUGAUUAGCUUACAAAUCCAUAGGACUUUGGGAAUGGUCACAUGGGUGAAGGUCAUGGGUCAUAAUUGGGGACAGCAGGGGAGGGUUGGCUUAUGGUAACUACAGUACAUACACAAUAGCUUGAAUGAACAUGGGUAUAAGGACUAGUUUUGUACAAUUUGUGUUGGUACAACUUUUUGAUAGUGGUGAAUCACUCGCUGUUUGGGAUCCCAACGGAGGGACCUUUCAUUGUACUCUUUUAGUUUGGAUCAAUGUUCUUUGCUAUUAUACAUAUUGGGUUUCUUAUCACCACUCUUGACUAGUUCAAGACCACUUUAAAUGUAGAAAAGUAAUUACCUGCACUGUUGAUUUUUUUUUU